AAAAUAGAGAAUAGAUAAACGUCUGAGUCAGUAGUCCAUUUUGCGUCGCGCGAAAUAAUCAAAAAGUAAAAUUCACUAGCAGAAGCUAGCGUAAAUUUAUUUUUUCUUCAGAUUCCCGAAUCAUCGUUGUUUCUAUGUUUUAUUCGAAAGAAAGUGUUUCUCAAUCUUUCGAAAUUGCUAGAUAAAUCGAGUAGCGAACGAUGUUAAAGAAUAACGUAAAAAAAUUAAGAAACAUACGACUUAUGUUUUACUUGAGAAAAGCGCGGGUUGAGUCAAGUUUGAGAGACACUGUUAUAGGCGUAUUUAACAUGGCAACUUAGCUCGACUUAGCUUGGCAACUUGUUCGGUGCCGUUCGGUGUCAAACCUAACUUGUUCGUAUUCCUGCCACUUCGUCUAGUAUUUCUUACUAGUACUAUUUUAUUGUAUUGUAUUGAUUUUUUUUUAUCGCUAAUUAGUUAUGAAGAGGGUAAUCCUUUUUUUAAUUGGAACCGACGUGAACGGCAAGGUAUUUAUGGUGACUCAUUCAUUGGACGAAUUACUAGCAGCUGCUAGCUCAAAGUUUCAAAUAACUGCCAAAAGAAUAUUUACCCCUCAAGGUGGAGAAAUUGAUGAUAUUAAGUUAAUUCGAGAUGACGAUAUAUUGUACAUUUCGGAUGGAGAAGAUUUCAUUCCAAAGGAUAAGAUUAACAGUCGCAAUCAGUUGAGUAGAAAUUUAGAAUGGAUUACGUUAAAUGUUGGUGGAAAGUAUUUCACAACAACCAGAGACACAUUAACAAAAACAGAACCAACAAGUAUGCUGGCCAGAAUGUUUACGGAAUCUACAGAUACUGAACAGAGAAUCUUGCCUAGCAGACAAGAUGAAAUGGGCGCAUUUUUGAUAGACAGGAGUCCUACAUAUUUUGAGCCACUAUUAAACUAUUUAAGACAUGGGCAGAUGACCCUUGAUGCUAAUGUUAAUCCUUCUGGGGUUUUGGCAGAAGCGCGUUUUUAUGGAAUAGAAGGAGCUAUUGAGUUACUGAUUCCAAUGAUCGAAGAUUUUCACAAAAGUAGCUCUGUAUCUUUAACUCGAAAAGAUGUACUUAAAGUCAUCAUGUCAACGCCUAUGACUACAGAACUUAGGUUUCAAGGUGUUGAUUUUACUGGUGCUGAUUUGUCAAAGUUAGAUCUCAGGCAUAUUAAUUUUAAGUAUGCAAUUAUGCGCGGUUGCAGUUUGGCGGGUGCAAAUUUAUCAGGCUGUUGCUUUGAACGCGCGGAUUUAUCCAACGCAAAUCUGCAGGGUGCUCAGCUUGUUUGUGUGAAAAUGUUACGCGCGAAUCUUACUGCUGCCAAUCUUCAUUCGUGUAAUUUUGAGGACCCUUGCGGUUUACCUGCCAACAUGGAGGGUGCAAAUUUAAAAGGUGCCAAUCUCGAGGGUAGUUACAUGGGUGCCGUAAAUCUUAGAGUGGCAACGUUAAAGAAUGCCAACCUAAGAAAUUGUUAUCUUAGAUCAGCUGUUCUAGCUGGUGCUGAUUUAGAGUGCUGUGAUUUAUCAGGAUCUGACUUACAAGAAGCGAAUUUGCGGGGCGCAAACUUGAAAGAUGCUGCGUUCGAAUUAAUGUUAACUCCGUUACAUAUGUCUCAAACGAUACGAUAAUAAUUAAUGCAAUGCCCCGCGUGUUCUGCGGCGGUUUAGCCUCUGUGAUCUAGGUAUUUAUUUAAUUUGUAAGAUAACAAAAAUUUAAGUGAUAGUGCUUUCGUCUUGAUAUUGCCAUUCUCUGAUACGUUGCAGACGAUAUGAAAGUACAGACUGAGAAUUAUAUUGUAAUUGCUACGCUAGAAAGUGUAAAAUUGAGUUUGUAUUUAUUUAGAGAAAUAUAUCAGUCAUCAAUUUUUACUUCCAUUACGAUAUCGAGCCAAAUGAUAAUGAAAGAGAUAACGAAAAGUUGUAAUAAUUAACGAGGAUAGUUGGUUACGAAUAAUUUGAUACUUUAUAUUUUUUAAAGUAUAUAUCGCGUACAUGUAAAUUUAAUGCACGUUAAUGUAAAUUAUUAUAUGUAUAGUUCUUUAUCUGUAUAAAGUACAAAAUAUCUCAUUUUCUUUGUUAUACAAUCGAUCAGUUUAUAUGAUUGUGUCCAGUGUGAAUAAUUUAUUAUCAAUGAUGAAAUGUAGUUUCUUAAAUUUAAGUAUAUAUGAUUGCAUAUAUUUUACUUUUUAAAUAAAAAUAUAAUAUAAAUAGCGAGGUAUACCUAAUAAGUUUAGAGAACUCGAAGAGCCAAAAUCUUUUGCUUUUCUAUUACUAUAAAAAUAAUUAAUAACUUGAAAGCUUUGUAUACGCAUAUAAACUUAUACACAAAACUGCGUGCUUAGAAGAUAUUUAGCUUGUGUCAUGUUUAUCACAAGCCACACCUCGUAUACAAUGUCUCAAGAAGAGUUGAGCAAAUUUUACUCGGCAUAAUAAAUAACGAUUUUACCAUUUUUACAAGCGCUUAAUUUCCUGUACAACACUAGACUUCUGAUGUAUAUACUGGUAUAAGAUAUGUAUUAUUUUUUAAACACGAUUGCGACUUACAAAUACGAACGGUUUAUAAAGUUACAUUUUGUAUGUAUACAAUUAUUCGAAGAUUUAGUUUGAAUAAAUAUUAUGUACAAAACAUUUAUCGACAAGCACUAAUUUUCGUCGUCUUUUCCAUCUCAUUACCUAACCUAGAAUUCAACUUGUGAUCGAUACUGUUCGCAUCGGGAAGA